UAGUUUAUAAUAGUAAAAACGACAAAUAUCCUACGGUAGUAAUCUAAAUUAGACAUAUAUAGUGAUAGUAAUACACUAAUAGAGAGAGACGAACAAACCUGUGACUCUCAUAAUCAAAACACACACAAACAAAAAAAAAACAAAAACAAGAACUUGAGAAUGGAAAACGGAAGCUCCUCCGGCGACAACAAGUCUUCACCAAAACCGAUCCGAUGCAAAGCUGCGGUUUGUAGAAAGGCCGGAGAGCCGUUGGUGAUGGAAGAGAUAAUGGUUGCGCCGCCGCAGGCUUACGAAGUUCGGAUCCGAAUCAUCUGCACCACGCUAUGUCACAGUGACGUCACUUUCUGGAAACUCCAAGUUCCUCCAGCCUGCUUUCCGAGGAUUCUAGGCCAUGAGGCAAUAGGAAUAGUGGAAAGUGUUGGUGAAAACGUAAAGGAAGUGGUCGAAGGAGACACUGUACUACCAACGUUCAUGUCUGACUGUGGUGAAUGUGUUGACUGCAAAUCUCACAAAAGCAACUUAUGCAGCAAAUUUCCCUUCAAAGUAUCGCCAUGGAUGCCAAGAUACGAAAAUUCGAGCAGAUUCACUGACCUCAAUGGCCAAACUCUCUUUCAUUUCUUGAACGUCUCCAGCUUUAGCGAAUACACUGUUCUUGAUGUUGCUAACGUUGUUAAGAUCGAUUCUUCGGUUCCUCCUAGUCGUGCUUGUCUUCUCAGCUGCGGAGUUUCCACUGGUGUUGGUGCUGCUUGGGAGACUGCCAAAGUUAAACAAGGACCAACAGUUGUGAUUUUUGGACUUGGUUCUAUCGGACUAGCGGUUGCAGAGGGUGCAAGACUUUGUGGUGCCUCUAGAAUCAUUGGUGUGGAUAUAAACCCUGCCAAAUUCCAAGUUGGGCAAAAGUUUGGAGUUACCGAGUUUGUAAACUCUUUGACAUGUGAAAACAAGAGUGUUAGCGAGAUAAUGGUGAUCAAUGAGAUGACUGGUGGGGGAGCGGACUAUUGCUUUGAGUGUGUUGGAAGUAGUUUUUUGGUUGAAGAAGCUUAUGCUUGCUGUAGAAAGGGAUGGGGAAAGACGAUAACUCUAGGUGUGGACAAGCCGGGUUCACAGAUAUGUUUAAACUCGUCUGAUGUUCUUCACCAAGGGAAGAUUUUGAUGGGUUCGUUGUUUGGAGGUUUGAAGGCUAAAACACACAUUCCGCUUCUUCUGAAACGCUAUUUGAACAAGGAGCUUGAAUUGGAUAAGUUUGUGACACUUGAGAUGAAAUUCGAGGACAUCAACGACGCGUUCCAGCUACUCGUUGAAGGGAAAUGCAUCAGGUGUGUCUUGUGGAUGAGCUAAGUGAAUUGGUUUAUUUUAUCUUUCAAUAUUUUACAUCCAUGUCAUAUAUAUGAUUCAUGUGCAACUAUUUUUAUUGGUUUGAACUUUG